GGCGGCGGCGAGGCCAGGCUGCGGGCCGAAGACUCCAGACACACCAGCGCCCCGCUACCCCCUGCACCCACGGGCACCAUGAGCGGCCGAGUCGGGGACCUGAGCCCCCAGCAGCAGGAGGCGCUGGCCAGGUUCCAGGACAACCUCCAGGACCUGCUGCCCACCCUGCCCAAUGCUGACGAAUACUUCCUCCUGCGCUGGCUCCGAGCUCGGAACUUUGACCUGCAGAAAUCUGAGGACAUGCUCCGGAAGCACAUAGAAUUCCGGAAGCAACAGGACCUGGACAACAUCCUCACAUGGCAGCCCCCAGAGGUGAUCCAGCUGUACGACUCUGGUGGUCUGAGCGGCUAUGACCCUGAAGGCUGCCCCGUGUGGUUCGACCUCAUUGGGACCCUUGACCCCAAGGGUCUUCUCCUGUCAGCCUCCAAGGAAGAGCUGAUCCGGAAGCGCAUCAAGAUCUGUGAGCUGCUUUUGCGGGAGUGUGAGCUGCAGAGUCAAAAGCUGGGCAGGAAGAUCGAGAUGGUACUGAUGGUGUUUGACUUGGAGGGGUUCAGCCUGAAACACCUGUGGAAGCCAGCUGUAGAGAUCUACCAGCAGUUUUUUGCCAUCCUGGAAGCAAAUUAUCCUGAGACGCUGAAGAAUUUAAUUGUCAUUCGAGCCCCCAAGCUCUUCCCUGUGGCCUUCAACUUGGUCAAGAUGUUCAUGAGUGAGGAAACACAAAGGAAGAUAGUGAUUCUGGGAGGCAACUGGAAGCAGGAGCUGCCAAAGUUCAUCAGCCCUGAGCAGCUGCCCAUGGAGUUUGGGGGGACCAUGACUGAUCCUGAUGGCAACCCCAAGUGUCUGACCAAGAUCAACUAUGGGGGUGAGGUGCCCAAGAGCUACUACCUGCGCAACCAGGUGAGGAUGCAGUAUGAGCACAAAAUGACGGUGGCCCGAGGCUCCUUCGUGCAGGUGGAGAACGAAAUCCUGUUCCCGGGCUGUGUGCUCAGGUGGCAGUUCGCAUCUCAUGGGGCCGACAUCGGCUUCGGGGUUUUCCUGAAGACCAAGACGUGUGAGCGGAAGCGGGCGGGGGAGAUGGUGGAGGUGCUCCCCAUCCGGCGCUACAAAGCCCACCUGGUACCUGAGGACGGGAGCCUCACCUGCCUCAAGCCCGGCGUCUACGUACUGCGCUUCGACAACACCUACAGCCUGAUACACACCAAGAAGGUCAGCUACACUGUGGAGGUGCUGCUCCCAGACAAGACCUCUGAAGAGAAGAUUCAGGGUCUUGAGGCAAGGAGACCGUCCCCAGCGCAAUGAAGACCCCUGAUACCUCUCAGUCCCUGUGCUCUUCGACCCCUUAGUACCCCCUCCCUGUCCCUUUCCCUCCUGAGCAGCGUGGUGUUUGGAGGAGCCACCCCCCUCUCCGCAUCACCAUCUCGGCUCUUCGUGGGCUCACCUGGCACGGUGGCAGAGCAGGAAGGGGACAUCCAGCUCAUAGGCCACCUUGAGGAUUCAGACAGGCACCUGAUCUCCUGUUUGCAGAGACUGAGAAUGGGGACGCUGAGGAUGAACCAGGAGCCACUGAGGGAGGGUCCUGCCCACAGAAGCUGCCCUUAUGUCACUCCUGAUGAGGUCCACCGUCUCAGGACUCACCCACACCUAGUGACCCGGCUUGGGGGCGUGUGCAUGAGUCCCAGGCCAGGCAGGGAGCACAGCGUCAAGUCUGAAGAGCAGGGAAGCCCCCAUCUCUGCAUGUGGGGGCUCGACACGGAUAGACAAGGCCAGCUGGAGGCAGCUGGGUGGAGGGAUGGGACCAGCCGGGUGGUGGAGCUGAGGGUCUUGGUUCUGGCAGGACACCAAAGCCUCUUCAGAGUCUCCUUACUGCCUUUGGAGGGAAGAUCAGAAAUGGAGCAUGAGGCCCAGCGGGAAAAGCCACACUCAGCCACACAGAGCUAAAUGGGUGAAGACUCUCUCGGAAUUCUCAGUGACCCCCGCCUCCUCCUCACCUGCUGUGAUCCAGCUGACAUUCAGCUUGGGUUCUUUCUGGCUCUGAGUAAGGACCAGGAUCGUAGCAGUGCUGGAGUGAGGUGGAACAUGCUGGAAUAAGGUAGAACGCACCUGGGUGGGGCUGCCAUCCCAGGGUGCUCAUCCCAGACUUGAUUUACUUCUUGGAGAAACAUCAAGCUUUUCCUCCGUCUUUGUGUGUCACUAGAGGGACAGCUAAUGUCUGCCAGCUCCCUACCAACCCACCCCAAAUGCGACUCCGUAGCUGGCCAGUGAUGGCUUCCAUUUCCCAAAGGCUGGCUCUCCUGGUGCCCCACACCCACAGUCAGGACCGCAGUCCGCUCUUCUGGACAAACCGCACCCAGCAGAGCAGACCUUGCCCGGAAUGAGCCAAUGAAGCUGCUGAGUGGUCAGAUGUCCCUGUCAAAGGGGAUCCUUGCUGCAAAGGAUUAACAUCCUGGCCAUCGAGACCCUUGCCAGAGACCGGAAGCCUCAGCAAACAGCAACAUCCAGGUGCUUUGUGAAUAAGAACCCGGUUCUAGCCCCCUUCUUGCUCUCAGAUUCUGUGAUUUCAUUUUCACUAUUUAAUAGAUUUCCUGAUUUCCCAGGGCCUGUUCUUCCCAGGUAAGAAAAUGAUGAGGCUUGUGAAGGUGGGUCUUCAGGUGAGCUCUGUGAGGUCCUUGGGGCCCCAGGCCUGCCCUCUGUGGCAGCCGCAUCACCCAUGGUUCAGCACAUAGUCUGAACAGGGGGCUCUGCUGCUGUGAAAAGCAAACUAAAGGAAAUAAAAUACGAAAAGCUGGUGCACUGAGGAAUUCCUGGCCCAACAGUGUUUGAGGAGUUUGGCAAGAAAAAAACUUUUGUGCCAGCUCCAAGGAGAUAGCCUGGGGCUGUCAGGUGAAAAUCACAAGAUAUCCUUGUGUCCAAGCGCCGCUCCUGCAUCCCCGAUGCAAGAAGCUUUCCCAGCGUCCCCACUGCACUGUGUGGCCACCCUCUGUACAGCCUCCCCAGAUGCAGAGACACUUGGGUGUUCCAGAGCCAUCUUCCCACUGGGCCGGCGGGGGUUGUAAGGUUUCCCCUGACAGGUUUCCCUGGGCCCACCUGUUGUCCUGACUGGGGGCUCACAAUGCUUCCCUUCAACCUCACAACCCCGGCCUAAAAACAAGGUGUUCAUGGAUUUGAACCCUGAUCCUUGCUUUUCCAACCACCCACGCUCAUUUUCCACCAUCAGCACAGCCUCUGGUUUCCUUGUAGGUAGCAGAUUGGCUCACACCAUGCCCAAGGGUUUAAUUUGCACGGGACUGCCUGGGGAGUAGCAAGUCACAGAGGGGUCGGGUGCAGGGAACCAGUGAUGAAUCUCGGAGCUGGCAGAGUGCACCUCAUGUUAAGCAGUGAGCACAGUGGUCACCUUCGGAAGUGAGGACAGGACCUCCUAUCUGGCAAGGUGGAUGGGGGCAUGUCCUCCACAACUCCAUCCCUUGCUCAAUACCAUCACUUCUUUACAGGAAAAAAAAAAAAAAAAAAAGAAGUAGCCCAGAGAGGGGCUGGCUCACCUAAAGUUUGCUUCUUCCUUCCAUUCAUUCGUCAAUGUUUAUUGAGUCUGUCCCCAGUGCCCAGGCACUGCAGGCCCUGGGGACACCGGGGGUGCUGGGCUUACCCGACUUUGUGAGCAGGAAGCUUGCCUGUAUUGAGGGAGGCCAAAAUGACUCUGAUGGGCAUUCUCAGGUGGGCAGCUUGGUGGGGCAGGAGCCAAAUUCUGGGGGAGCAUCCAACAAAAAAAGCCUGAUGGGGGAUCAGACAUGCUUUGCCCAAGGCAGGAAUCCCUGAAGGGAGAGCUGAGGGUGUGGGCGAGCCUUCCAGACUGAGGAAUGGGGUGAGGGCAACUGUGGGGUGUUUGAAGCCAGAGGAAAGCCAGGAGGGCCCUU